CUACCAGAAGGGAGGAGGCGGGCGCGGCUGCCGGGCGGCUGGGGCUGAAGCAGGACCCGUCCCCGCGGCGAGAGCUCCCGAGGUGCGGUGUCCGGCAUAAGCUGUGACCAUGACUACUGAAGUUGCCUCCGCGUCUGAAGUGAAGAAGGAAUCUGACCAGUUAGGAGCAGAUGCAACCAAGGAGAAACCUAAAGAAGUAGCAGAAAAUCAGCAGAAUCAGUCAUCUGAUCUAGAGGAGGAAAAAGAUUCCCAAUCAUCUCCUUCAGCUAAAAGCCAAAGUGGUACACAGCGCCAGAAGAGGCAGAAGGAUCCAUCUGAGAGUAGGGGCAUUUCUCGAUUCAUACCCCCGUGGCUUAAGAAACAAAAGUCCUAUAACUUAGUAGUGGCCAAAGAUGGAGGAGAUAAGAAAGAGCCUGCCCAAGCUGUUGUGGAAGAGCAGGUUUUAGAUAAAGAGGAAUCUCUUCCUGAAGAAGAAAGGCAGGCCAAGGGUGAUGCUGAGGAAGCAGUUCAGAGAAAACAACAGGUCAUUAAAGUUGAUAUCGAGGAAGAGAAACCUUCAGUGAGCAGUCCUGAGACACAGCCUGCUGAAGAAGUAAGGAAGGAGGAGAGAGAGGAGGAGAAGGUAAAGGAAAUACAGGAAGACAAAUCAGAGGAAGCAGCAAAAAGGGAGACAAAGGAAGUGCAGACCAAUGAGCUAAACGCAGAAAAGGCCGUUCAAAAAGCCACCAAGAAGACCAAAAGUGUCCAGUGUAAAGUGACCCUCCUGGAUGGCACCGAGUACAGCUGUGACCUAGAGAAACGUGCCAAGGGACAAGUAUUAUUUGACAAAGUGUGUGAACAUCUCAACCUCUUGGAGAAGGACUACUUUGGACUUUCGUUUCAGGAAAGCCCUGAGCAGAAAAACUGGCUAGAUCCUGCAAAACAAAUAAAGAGACAACUAAGAAAUCUUCCCUGGCUGUUCACUUUUAAUGUGAAGUUUUAUCCUCCUGAUCCAUCUCAAUUGACUGAAGAUAUCACCAGAUACUUCCUGUGCCUUCAGCUCCGACAGGACAUUGCCUCUGGCCGCCUGCCCUGUUCUUUUGUGACUCAUGCCCUCCUGGGAUCUUACACACUACAGGCUGAACUUGGAGACUAUGACCCAGAAGAACAUGCCAGUCAUGACCUCAGUGACUUCCAGUUUGCCCCCUCCCAGACAAAGGAGCUGGAAGAGAAGGUGGUAGAGCUGCAUAAAACCCACAGGGGCUUAUCUCCAGCACAAGCUGAUUCUCAGUUCUUAGAAAAUGCAAAGAGGCUUUCCAUGUAUGGUGUUGACCUACAUCAUGCCAAGGACUCAGAAGGCGUGGACAUCAAGCUGGGUGUGUGUGCUAAUGGGCUCCUCAUUUACAAGGACAGACUGAGAAUCAAUCGUUUUGCUUGGCCGAAAAUCUUGAAAAUUUCCUAUAAGCGCAGUAACUUCUACAUUAAAGUUAGACCUGCAGAGCUGGAACAGUUUGAGAGUACCAUUGGAUUCAAACUGCCGAACCAUCGGGCUGCGAAAAGGCUAUGGAAAGUGUGUGUGGAACAUCAUACUUUUUACAGGCUUGUGUCUCCAGAGCAGCCACCAAAGGCCAAGUUCCUGACCUUGGGGUCCAAAUUCCGCUACAGCGGCCGCACCCAAGCCCAGACCCGCCAGGCAAGCACCCUCAUUGACAGGCCUGCGCCACACUUUGAGCGCACAUCUAGUAAGCGGGCCUCCAGGAUUCUAGAUGGAGCUCUAGUUGGUGUUGUGGACCAAAGUCUUAUGAAGGAUUCUCCUGGCCCUGGGGAGGUGUCGGCAUAUGGCCGUGGAGUUGUCAGCACUGCCAUAGUACAGGAUGGGGAUGGCAGAAGGGACCUCAGAAGCCCCACUAAAGCCCCACAUGUGCACCUCACUGAAGGAAAGAAAAAUUCCUUGAGAGUAGAAGGGGAUAAUAUUUAUGUCAGACAUAGCAAUUUAAUGUUGGAGGACCUGGAUAAGGCCCAGGAGGACAUACUGAAACAUCAGGCUAGCAUUAGUGAACUCAAGCGCAAUUUUAUGGAAUCCACACCUGAGCCGCGCCCUAAUGAAUGGGAAAAACGACGUAUCACACCUCUGUCCCUACAGAUACAAGGGAGAAAAGGAGACCAUCUUUUCAAGGAUAUUUUAUCCAUGACCGAGAAGCAUCAGAUGGCGGCAACACGGACAGUUGAAGAAAAAGCCCAGGCAGCAGACAAGAGCCUAGAAGAGGAGAUAACAUCAAUUUUGUUUAGCGAAAAGGGCUUUUCUGAUAGCAUGAAAGCUACCUUCACCUCAGCCACCACUUGGACAGCAGAGGGCACUGGUGUGAACUAUAAUGCACCUUGUGAAACACUUUCUUCCUCGCCCUUCUCAAAGUUGCCUGAGAAACACGCUCCUGAGUCCGAAGGGCCUUGCGCUGGAGCCAGUGAUGCUGUUAAGAGUUCACAUGAGACUCUGAAUGUAGUGGAGGAGAAGAAGCAGGCAGAGGUUGGGAAAGACGAAAGAGUAAUCACAGAAGAAAUGAACGGUAAAGAGCUAUCACCCGGGAGUGGUCCUGGGGACAUCCGUAAGGUGGAACCUCUGACACAGAAAGACUCCACCUCCCUGUCUUCUGAGAGCAGCAGCAGCAGUGAGAGCGAGGAGGAAGAUGUGGGCGAGUACCGGCCCCACCACCGGGUGACUGAGGGCACCAUAAAGGAAGAGCAGGAGGAGGAUGAAGAAGAGGUGGAGGAAGAACCCAGCCAAGCAUCCCAGGUAGUAGAGAGGGAGGCAGCAGUGCCAGAAGCCAGCCCAGGCAGACACGCAGGGGCCAGUGUAAGCACAGUAGAAACAGUGACCCAGGAGCAUGUAGUUGCCCCUAAGAUACCUGCAGAGAAGAGUGUACACGAAGGCGCAUUUAAGCAAGAUGUGAGCGAAGACACAGAGGACGAGCAACAUAAAGUUAACGGAGAGGUGUCUCAUGUUGACAUUGAUGUUUUGCCACAAAUUAUUUGUUGUUCAGAGCCACCCGUGGUAAAGACAGAGAUGGUAACAAUUUCUGAUGCCUCACAAAGGACAGAAAUCUCCACCAAGGAAGUCCCUAUUGUUCAAACAGAAACCAAGACCAUCACAUAUGAGUCUCCACAGAUUGAUGGCGGGGCUGCUGGUGACUCGGGCACGUUACUGACUGCACAAACCAUCACAUCUGAUUCCGUGUCAACAACCACUACCACACACAUCACUAAGACAAUAAAAGGUGGAAUAUCUGAAACAAGAAUUGAGAAACGCAUUGUGAUCACAGGAGAUACAGAUAUUGACCAUGACCAGGCGCUGGCCCAGGCCAUCAGGGAAGCCAGAGAGCAGCACCCCGACAUGUCGGUCACGAGAGUGGUGGUGCACAAGGAAACUGAGUUGGACGAAGGGGAAGAGUAAGUCAAGAAAUCCAUUUAUUAAACAACAUUCAACUUUGUGAACCUGAAGAAUUUUGACCGUUUCAAGUCUUAAUGCCACACCACUACUCCUGCGAAUUUACGACUGGUAACAAUGACCAGAAGCCUGAAGUGUUAAAAUGCCAACAACAAACCCUACCUUAACAGCUCUGGUCCUCUCUGUUCCCUCGCAUUUUAAUAUAUUGUUUUGUUUUAUAACCACUCCUAAGUAAUCUUGGUUCUUUCUUCCUUUUUUAUUUUAAUUAGGGAGGGUUUUUUUGUUUCCUGUUUACUUUGUGUACAACUACCUGCUUUUUAUGACUCAAAUGAUCCAAUGAUAGUGAACAAAGCCAGCCCGGCUGGUGAGGUGCUGUUCACUGGAACAGGUGCUGUUGUGCGGAAAGAAAACGCUGUGACUAACUUAGGUAGUGUCUUUCCUCCUUCCCAUUCCCACUGAACUCCCACCAAUUACAGCAGAUAUUUACAGUUUUCGAAUGGCAGUAAAUACACUGUAUGAGAAAAUAUUAGUACGGAUUAAAAGCAUUUCUUACAUCUCAAAAACUUUCUAAUGUUUUAGAAAUUCAUUGGGAAUAUCUUUUAUGGGAUCCCUUUUGACUUUCCAGUCCUGUGACUUUUUACUGUUAGUAGAAAGUCAGAGACUCCAGACUGGAGAAUUAUGCAGAAGCUCACUGACCACGUGCUGUGUGCGGAGACCCCGCCGCACCGCAGUGCCAACGCCUCUCAGACACGCGCUUCGGCAGCAUUCCAGAAACAGGAGGGAGGAGCAAGAGGCAACGGUGUCUUCCCUCCUACUGAAGUAUUCAGGCAGCUUAAAACCUUAUUAGUGCUUUCUUUCUUAACAUGUCCAAAUUUCAGUACUUUCCAUUAUUUGGACAUUUGUGUAGAACACUUGCUUUGUAUUAAACCUCCUUGGGUACAUGUGAAACUGACCUUUUGUUAUUGAGCAGGUCUGUCUCUCUCAGAUAGUGGGAUUCACACAGGUUUGAGGGCACAGGGGAGAGGAGUGGGCAGGGCUGUGGUGGUGUUUGGAUGGGCAUCAGAAAACUAGACUGUUUGAAGCUGACACCGGAGAUCUGAUAGGGACUUAUUAACUGUAUGGAUCAUUUUCCCUUUGCUUUUGACCUGAUGUAUAGUUAUGAUGCCAGAUUAGAUUUAUAGCAGCUGCAAGUUGUAUUAAAUGAUAUUUUGCUUUCUGUAAUACUGUUAUAAAAUAAAGUUGGUUUAUUCUCUA